UUUAGUUAAUAAUUGCUUAAAUAUCUAAAAUUAUUAUUUUAGUAACAAAGUUUCCCGCGUUUUUUUCGGCAUACCGGCAUUUUUAUUCGGCAUGUUAGUCCAUCGAUGGGAAAUACGCUCAUAAGAAGUCAAGUAGUUUCUAGCGUUAAACAUUUAAGGACCACGUUUUUGUAUAAAUUAAAUAAUAAAAUUAUUAAAAUUUAUCAAAAUCCAAGUACAUUGAAAAGUAAUCGUAUAAAUAAUAUUUAUUUUGAGUUAUUUAAGAUGCCACCAAAACGUGGACGCACUGCUGUUAAGGAGGUCGAAGAAUCAAAUGGACAGGUCGAGGUUGAGCCUCGCAGAGGACGCACCCGUGCUGAAAAAAACAAAGAAGAAGACCCAGUUGAAGAAAAAGUAGAGGUUCAGCCCAAAAAGAGAGCAGCUAAAAAAGACGCGAAGAAAGAGGAAGAAAAUGGCGGCGAGGUAGAAAAAAAAUCAAAAAAAGGAAAGAAGAAAAAUGACGAAGACUCAGAAGCUGACAAUGAAAACCUCGACCAGGAAGCCAAGAGCGGCAAGCAGGUCGAACCUGCUGAAGAGGUAGAAGAAAAACAGAGCAAGACUAGGGGAAGGAAGAAAAAGGAGGAAGCUGAUGAAAAAGAGGUAAAAGAGGUAAAAUCUAAGAAAGGAAAGAAAGAUGAGAAGCCUAAAGAAGAUGACAAGAAAAAGCCGCCAGUAAAGCGAGGCAAAAAGAAGGCUGAAGAUAAAGAAGCCGAGGCGGUUGAUGAAGCCAAGGAAGAGGAUGAAGAUGUAGAGAUGAAGGAAGAGGAUUCAGAGGCAAAGGCGGUCAAUGGUGAUGACAAGAAAAAAUCCAAAGCUAAACCUCAGAAAAAAAAUGAAGAUGAACCGAAAAAAAUUGAAAAUGAAGACAGUUCUAAGGGUAGAAGCACCAGGACCAAUAAGAAGAAGAAUGAGACUGCUGAUGAAGAGGAACCUGCUGCUAAAAAAGCCAAGACUCCGGCAAACAAGACCGAUACAAAUUUGGAUGAGAUAAAUUUUGACUGCGAUAAAGAAAAUGCUGAAGGCAACAAGUCGAAUUUUAAAAUCUGCUCGUGGAAUGUCUCUGGAAUCAGGGCCUUGCUGAAGAAGAACGGGUUUGAGUACAUCAUCAAGGAGAAUGCUGAUAUAAUUGCCCUACAAGAGACCAAGUGUGACUUGUCGAAGCUCCCUGACGACAUCAACAUUCCUGGGUACAAGCACAAGUUCCUGGAGAGCACGGGUCACUCUGGGUACUCUGGCAUCGCGGUGUACUCCAAGGAAGAGUUCGUCAGCGUCACUGAGGGGAUCAACGACCCGGAUCUAGACAAGGAAGGACGUAUGCUGACCAUCGAGUAUCCGAACUUUUACUUCGUUAAUGUUUAUGUCCCCAAUGCUGGCGACAAACUGAAGACCAUGGACAAGAGGAUGAAGUGGAACACUUUGUUCCAGGAACGCAUCAAGGAACUGGACUCCAAGAAGCCAGUUAUCAUUUGUGGAGAUCUCAACGUCGCGCAUCAGGAAAUAGAUCUUAAGAAUCCCAAGGCUAACACCAAACACGCUGGGUUCACGCCCGAGGAGCGCCAGGGGAUGACUAGUCUUCUAGAAGCUGGGUUUGUCGAUGUCUUCAGGCACUUUUAUCCCGACAAAACUGACGCCUACACCUUCUGGUCAAACUUAGGCAAGGCUCGGGAAAAGAACGUCGGCUGGAGAUUAGAUUACUAUUUAGUUUCUGAUAGGAUUAAGGACAAAGUGUGUGAUACUGUUAUUCGGGAUAAAGUAUACGGCAGUGAUCACUGUCCCAUUGUUUUGUUUGCUAAUCUUUAAUCUUAUUAACUAUUAUUAUUUCUAUUCCCUAACUAAGUUUAUUUUUAACUUUAAUACCUUUGUAUUUAAUAUUUAAUUUAUAAGAAUGUAACUUUCAAUGUUUUACCGGUUUUUAAAACUUUCAUAAUGUAAUUGAUACUUGAUAGAAAUAAAUGAUAACUUUGGAAUAAUA